GAAGACGACCGGCCAUUGGCUGGUUGGCCAAGGCGAUCAGUCAUUGGCCUCUGGUGGGACCGGGCGCUCCCCCUUCCCCUGUCUCCCGGGUCUCUUGAGGAGCCCAGGAAGGAGACUCCGCUGGUGCCGCCGGGUCAGAGACUCCCGGGACCGGGCUGCGGCAGUCGUUAGCUGGUCAUGUCGGCUGCACAGGGCUGGGACAGGAACCGCCGGAGGGGCGGAGGCGCCGCCGGCGGUGGUGGUGGAGGUAGCGGGGCCAGCGGGGGCAGUGGGGGCAGCGGGGGUCGGGGGACUGGCCAGCUCAACCGCUUCGUGCAACUCUCCGGGCGGCCGCACCUGCCAGGUAAGAAGAAAAUACGAUGGGACCCAGUUAGGAGGCGCUUCAUUCAGUCCUGUCCCAUCAUAAGGAUCCCUAACAGGUUUUUGAGAGGCCACAGACCUCCGCCAGCACGAAGUGGACAUCGUUGUGUGGCAGACAAUACCAAUCUGUAUGUGUUUGGAGGUUAUAACCCAGAUUAUGAUGAGUCGGGAGGGCCAGACAAUGAAGACUACCCUCUCUUCAGGGAGCUCUGGAGGUACCAUUUUGCUACAGGAGUGUGGCACCAGAUGGGCACAGAUGGCUACAUGCCCCGGGAAUUGGCAUCUAUGUCACUUGUGCUGCAUGGAAACAACCUGUUGGUGUUUGGAGGUACAGGCAUCCCAUUUGGUGAGAGCAACGGCAAUGAUGUCCAUGUCUGUAAUGUGAAGUACAAGAGAUGGGCUUUGCUCAGCUGUCGAGGGAAGAAACCCAGUCGUAUAUAUGGACAGGCCAUGGCCAUCAUCAAUGGAUCCCUUUAUGUCUUUGGAGGGACAACUGGCUAUAUUUACAGCACAGACCUGCACAAAUUAGAUCUCAAUACCAGAGAGUGGACACAGCUGAAACCAAACAACCUGUCUUGUGAUCUACCAGAAGAGAGAUACAGACAUGAAAUCGCACAUGAUGGGCAGAGGAUUUAUAUCUUGGGAGGUGGUACUUCCUGGACAGCUUAUUCCUUAAAUAAGAUCCACGCAUACAACCUUGAAACAAAUGCAUGGGAGGAAAUUGCAACAAAGCCCCAUGAAAAAAUAGGUUUUCCUGCAGCCCGAAGAUGUCACAGUUGUGUUCAGAUAAAAAAUGAUGUAUUUAUUUGUGGGGGCUAUAAUGGAGAAGUGAUCCUGGGAGAUAUCUGGAAACUGAAUCUGCAGACUUUUCAGUGGGUGAAGCUCCCAGCUACCAUGCCAGAGCCAGUUUAUUUUCACUGUGCAGCUGUUACACCAGCUGGUUGCAUGUACAUUCAUGGAGGAGUGGUGAACAUCCACGAAAACAAACGGACUGGGUCCCUGUUUAAGAUCUGGCUGGUGGUACCUAGCCUGCUGGAAUUGGCGUGGGAGAAGCUCCUCGCGGCCUUCCCUAACCUAGCAAACCUCUCCCGAACGCAGCUUCUGCACCUUGGACUCACACAGGGACUCAUCGAACGCUUGAAAUGAGGAUUUUUGGACUGUUCAUUGAUACUGGAAAUGUUAAUUUAAAGAGACUCCUUUAUUUAUGGGCAGUGUAGAAUGUGCUACAAAGAGGAUUGGUUACCCUGAUCAAGGCCUUAUUCAGAAAAUACAUCAGAUGCCUUUCCAUAAAUUGGUUUUUAAGUUUAUGGACAUCUCACUUUCCCAUGUGCUUCCCUGUUUGCUUCUCUCCCUCCUGUCCCAAUACAUAUACACAUACUCACAUACUCCUUCUUCCUCGAUGGAGUUGAAGGAAAGUCUGAAAGUACCUUAUAAAUGUUAUGAAUCAAGGUAAAGAAAUUUUUUUAAAGGAAUUCUGAACAUAUGACCAUGUUAACCAGUAUUCUACAAAUUAAAACAUCAUUGAUAAAAACAAAAAUUAAAUUAAAACUUUAAAAAUUCCAGCAACAGAAACAACAAGAAGUUUAGAGGAUAGAAUGAGAAGGCUAACCUUGAGAAUCUUGCAGGUUGUACUUUAACCUAGAUAUUUAACUCAGUGUUUUUAAGAUGCAUCUAAUUUAAGAGCUGAUCUAAUGGCAGCAGUGAUUGACAUCUUGCUGCGUGGAUAUUCAAACCUGUCCUGUCUUUGAAGGAAAGAGAAGCAGCUCAGUAUCUCUUGGUUAGUGAUGUCUUUUCUCAUCCUUAUAGUGCCAGCAAUGGUUAGAGUUGGCUUGUUGAAAGACUGCCAUGUGUGUUGUGGCCGUGCUCUUUGAUGUUGCUUUUAGAAAUCAUGGCACCAAGAAUGUUUGAUAUUGAAAAGCUUGUGGUGAUCAAAUUUCUUCAUUCUGAAAGUUUUAAAAUUCUCCUAUGUUUAUUAAUAGUUUUAAAUAUCUCUUUAACUUCUUCAUGGGGAAUUGUAGACAUAAACACAUGGGUGUGAGAGAGGCCAGGAAAGAGCUAGGCAGAGAGAGCCUGCACCCUCUGGGCUUAUUAACUUGGCUUCUGCUCAGGCUAUGGUCUUUGACAGUCAUAUUGGCCAUUUUCUUUUCAGAAUUUUCUUUUCUAAUCUCUGGACCAUGUACUUGCUGUUUUCUCAGGCGGUUUGUCCUUGAGUUUUCCCUUAGUUUCUUGCCUCCUUUUCUAUCUGCUUUAAUGUGCACAGUGCUCAUUGUCUAGUAAUUGGAUAAAAGGUCUUGGGGGAAAAGCCACAAGUCAUCCUUCCUGAAGAACCAAGUAUCAUUUAAAAACAAGCAUGAGGAAGGAAUUAAAUUGAGGAUCAUUUGCUUUUUUGGUGUGAAAUUUUAAUUCUGGUUUUUUUGGUAUAAUUUAUUUUAAUUCUAGAAAGAGUAAUGAUUUAAAUUUUCACUUGCUUUGCCAUCAGGCUGCUAGAGGAACUGAGCAAGUGCUGGCCAUGAGCAUUCAGAAGUGCGUGGGUGCACUCUAAGUGCUGAAGGCAUGCCAGAGGGCACAGUGCUGAUCCCCUGCAGGCCACACUACAGCAGGCGACUCACUGGGGAUUUGGGACACGUUUAUCCUUUAAGUGCCUCUUUUUCACCUAGCUUUUAAAGUUAUUCUUUUUUUUUCAUGCCUGAGGGGAUCUCUUUAGCCUAUGUGUGGAUUUAAAAUCACCUUUGAGUUAUGGCUAAAAAGUUACCAUCUGGUGUUCAGUUCUGGAGAAGAGAAAACCGUGGCCUCUAGACUUGGUUUCCUAACUUCAUCUUGGCCUUAUUAUCACAUCCCGUACAUGUUGGGUUGAGUUAAUGGAGCCUGCAUUCUGCAAAGUCUUGUAAUAACCACCCAUCUGUGAGUUUAGGUCCUUUUUAGGGAGUGAGGAAUGUGGGAGAGAGCCAGGAAAAGGAGCAGCUCCUCUAGGGGGCCAUCCGCCCACAUCUUGCCCUUACCAGUCUGUGUGGCACUUAACCUUCUGACCUUCUGCCGCCCACGGUCAGGCUUGCUCCUUUGAGGAGCUCUCUCUGGAACAAGGCAGUCUGAGCAGCUCCACUCGUCCAAAACAGAGCUUUGCUGCUGACUCCAGCCUGGUCCCUGCAUGUUAGGUGGAAAAUAUCCCAAAUUAAACAAGUCAGGCCAUCUAGGGUGGUGAGAGGAUUUUCGUUACGGAUUUAUCUAGGGACCAAAGUCUCUAGCUCUGUUACACUAGGAAGCUGGAGAGAGAUGUGGUCUGGUUCCAUCCACACUUGCUAGAUCCUUUGCUAAGCCUUCUGAGCACACUUGCCUUUGAAGUAGACUUCGGAGGCAGACCUGUGCAUGACCAUUUUAUAAAAGUAUACGUCCAUGGUCUAAAGUGUCUUCUUUUAAUAUCACAGUAGUAAAAAUGACGUGGUAUGACCAGCACUGAGUGCUACAGAACCACACAUGUGCACAUGUUCUAGAUGCCAAAUGAGACUCUGUGAUGACUGAAAUGCAGAUGACUGGAAUUUUUCAAAAGGGGUCAUCAGGCACUUCAGUUUACCUGUAACCAGCACUCAGAAUUCCUGACACUGUUUCCUUGAUUUAGGAAAGUUUAUGCCUGCUGCUUCUCUGCCUCUUUGAGGUAUUCCCAGCCAUCUUACUACAGUCCUGUAAUUUUAAGUGCAAUAUAUAGAAACACAUAUGGAUAUAUACAGAUUCUAUAUAGGGUGUAACUAUAAAGCAGCUAGACUGCUUUUUAAAAAUAUGUCUUAGGAAAGCCAGCUCAUUACUUUAGAGUCAAAUUAUGCCAAGAAUUUUAGAUGUGAUUGGCUGGCUUAAACCAACUCUUGGAAAAACUGGAUUUUCAAAUCCACGUUUUUAAACUCCAAUUCUUAAGAGAUUUAUUGUCCCUUGGGUUUGUUAAGAGUUGAGGGUUUUUUUCCCAGUCAUCUUUAUACCAUCUCAUGUUCGCAUGACUUCUUACAUUUCUUUGCCCAAGCAGAAGGAAGUCCACCUGUAAAGAGUUUCCUAAAUGGAAAAUUAAAAUCUAGUAUUUAAUCCUAUCAGUUCUCCCCUGUAUAUACUAAUUUACCUGUGGAUGUAAUACUUUAUCAAAUGAAGAAGAUGAUGCUUUCUUCAUUUAAUAAAGACUUUCCACAUCCUGGAAAAGCUAUAAACUGAUAUAGAAGAGAUUGAAAUUUUAACCAUUCUUUGGGGGCUAAACAAAACCCUUUCCACUGUCAGAAUCUUCUUUUUUCAGGGCCCUAAUGACAUGGCGUAAAAAUUUGCUCUAAACAAUUCAUGCCCUUACAUAGCUAGAUUUAAAGGUAUAAUAAUGAACAUAUUAACAUUUUUAAGCCAAAGGUAUGUUAACAGUGACCUUUGGUUAUCCAGAGUAGCAAGAGUAAAGCACAGUUAAUGAGAUCUAUAGAUAAUCAGUGUAUCAACUUUUCUAUCCAACAGUUGAUUCAUUUACAUUUCUUUUUCCUCCCUCCUCCCAUAAAUUGAAUGCUGAAAUUAGGAACCACGGGUGGUAAUCCUGAGUGUAGAUGUUACUCUUCAGCAUAAUCUCCCACGCUGAGUUCUAGGCUGUCUCUCCUAACCACCAAAGAACUCUUAGCACCUAUGGGAAGAAAAAGCUGUAUGAUGCAGGGGAAAUCCCAUUAUUUGAACACAUUUCUUUGGCUCUUAACAUAUACUUGCUUUUCCUCUAAUCUUUAAAGAGCCUUGGUUCUUCCCUUGGAUAUGCCUUUUCCAGUCAUAUAGCUUGGCAUAUAGGAAAGGUUAAAUUAUCCUCUAAGAAUGUGUUGGUCUUAUUAUUCUGUAAAACCAGUUUGUUUUUAUGUGGUCUUACAGAUGUUUAGAAAGUGGCACAGGUUACUGAAUUGUCUACCUGCCUGCAUUCUGAUGUAGCACAAAAAGCUGUUUUCCUUAUUUUUAAAAGAAUUUUCUGACAUUGAGCUCUACAGUGGAUGAGGGUUUAUGUCCUGUGAUCAUAAGCUUCACUCUAAAAACUGGUCACUGUUAGCUUCAAUUGCUUUGGUUCCUCAGAUACGUUGGAACUCUAGGAGCACUGGCAGGGCCUGAGGUAGGCUCAAUGAAGUUCUAUAACCUCCCUGCAUGUCACCACCGGAUCAUGCCCAGCAAAGCGUUUCCCUUCUAUGGUUGUUAGAUUCAGUGGAAAGUGACCUCUUCCCUAGUCUGGUGUUAUAGAAGUCCUGAGUCGUGCUUCAAAAGUGGUACCAUCUUUUCAGUGUAAUUUUCACGUUUUAAAUUUUUUUUUUUAAGUUUUUUAAAGGCCCUGCUUAGUCAGUGUACAAGGUGAGUCAGAGGCAGUUUUCAGAGAAAAAAAAAAACAAUUUCACCAAGCUGUAGUAAUUGCUGUUUAUUAGCUACACAUUUAGAAUACAAAGGAAGCAUCAGAAAACACACUGACUUUCUCCAAAGUCACUUGCUUAUACCAGAGUCUGCACAGGAAGAACACAGGCAUCUCCCUGUAAAGGCACCUGCCGGUGACGAAUUUACUGGAAGAACCUAGGCAAGAAAGGGAAGCCUCUUUCUGAGAUGCAGUCUCUGAGGGGGAGCCCACGCUUUGCUCUUCCUACAGGGUAUGCUUACGCCACACACAGUGCUUGCCUUAUUUAAAGCUAUUUGCCACAGUCCUGUUAAAUAGUGUGGAAGUCCUUUUGCAGUCUGGUGUGCAUGCCGUAUGAUCAGGACAACUUUUCCACCUUACCUGGUUUCCUACAAGCAAGUAGGAAAUAUAGUGAAUUUACCCUAAAAUGUCCAAUCUGUAUUAAUGUAUCUUGUCAGUGUUUUGCUGUUGGUUUUCUAAAACAAUCUGAUCAAUAAAUCGUAUCCAAAUCUAUUUGUUGCAAG